AUGUCUUAUCCACAACAACAAGAUUCAAAUUGUAAAAUUUCAUAUGCUGAGAAUAUUCCUGUCGAAUAUGAACAAGAUAGAAAAUUAUCAUCAACAUUUCAAUUUGAUAAGUCGAAUAGUAUCUUGGCUAAUACAACAACAAACGAUAUUAUAACAAUACCUGUUUUUGAUGAAACACAACAACAACAACAGCAAAAUAUAACAAAUGAAGAUACAAAAAAAUCAACGAAUAAGUGA